UCCUAACUGCGCGUGCGCACAGUGUCCCGAGUGAGUACCGCUAGCACGAGGCGUGUAGUUUUUUUUAAUCCUUUUAUUCCGGCAUUUUAAACUGUUGGCUUUUAAUCAGCGACACAGUAAAGGACUUUAUCUGUACAAACCUCAAUUUUAAUAAUGCCUCGGGGUGGGAGAAAGAGCCACAGGGGGAGAGGAAAGCAAUUCAGCAACCCAGAGGAGAUUGAUCGACAGAUGAGAGCACAGAGAGAGAAGGAAGAAAAUGGUGACGCAGAGAAAGAGAGCUCUUCAGAGUCUGAGGAAGAAAGCAGCAGUGAUGAUGAGUCUGAGUCCAGAAGGAGGAGUGGAGUGGAGGGGCUUAUAGAGAUCGAGAAUCCAAACCGCGCGUCUCAGAAGGACAAGAAGGUGACUGAAGUAGAUGUCAGUGCUCCCAGAGAGCUAUCUCGCAGGGAGAGAGAGGAAAUAGAGAAGCAGAAAUCAAAGGAACGCUACAUGAAGCUCCAUCUAGAGGGGAAGACUGAGCAGGCCAGGGCUGACCUGGCCAGACUGGCCAUCAUCAAGAAGCAGAGGGAGGAAGCUGCCAAGAAGAGAGAACAGCUCAGGAGAGAAAAAGAAGCUGAAGAAGCCAAAGCAAAGCACUAGUUCUCCAUCUGAAAGAUUCGUCACGCACUUCAGUCUCAGAGGGAUGGUGAAACGGAGGGGCAGCACGGAGAGGGACCAAGACAAGUGGCGUCAGAUCAGGGAUACUACUGGGCUCCUGUUCCUCAUUUUAUGGGCAUGGGUCUUCCACGACAGUGUGGUCAUGACAGGGAAUCCGGGUGGAGCAAAGUGAGAUGAAGAGGAGUGCAACCUUUGGGGUGCCUCUAGUUGUAUUUAAAUACCUCAGGAGGAGACAUCUGCAGGUUUUCCAAGUCCUUCACUGCCUCUUUACUCUACCCAGCCCACCACAGAUUUACUUCUAAACCCGCUAAAGUUAUUUCCAUUCCUUCUGAUUCUUGCAUUUUACAAUGAUUUCCUAACACAUAUUUAUGUAAUGACCAGAGGUUAAAGUGAGUGUGCAUGAACAUUUCUUUUUUUUACUUUUCCUACCAUGUUGCCAGGUUUAUAAGAAAGCAAAUAAGUGAAUGCUGGAGAAACGAACACUAUUUAGAGGAAAAUUUGACAUAAAGGACAUGUACUGUGUAGUUAGGUAAUUAAUUUUGGAUCAGCAUGCAGUUACACAUUUCAUGAACAGCUGAGUGGUACAAUGACAGGCAAGAAUAUGUCUUUCCUCCCAGCUCUAUCCUUGCCCCACUGUUGGUUUUGCCUUGUUUUGAGCCCCUUUUUUCAGUUAGCGUUUUACAGAUUUGUAAGAAUUAGUUGUUUAAGCUGCCACAACAUAUCCAGGAACUGCUAAAAAUCUUUCUUUCGUUUCUUUUGCUGUGCCAUGGAUCUUGUUACCAGAUUAAAACACGUCUUUCUUGAGUCAGCUUGUUGGUGUCAGUUCAGAAUGUUUUGUAAUCCUUUGCUCAAAGCGUUAGGAAUACAAUCAGGUCCAUAAAUAUUG